GCUCUUCUCCAUAUCCUUCCCAGCUUACCAUUCCUUGUCUCUACCUCACUGCCCUUUGCUAUCUCUAAUUAGGCAACAUGUCAUCGGGAGCUGCCAAUAACCCUGACCCCAACGCAGAUAAUGCUCUCCUUCGCCGCCCAUAUGACCCAACAAUACAAGGGACUGCUGGCCAGUUUCUCAACAAGUUCACCAUCCCUGUGUCUGGUUUCCAGGAUGAGCAGACUGGUCAUUCUUACGCUGUAGUCCGUCUCACUGCCAAGGGUAACCGGGCUCUGUUUUAUCUCUGCCACAACAAUGUGCAGAGAGAGGUGUGGCGAUUUCCUUCGUACGAGUUCGUUGUUCGUGUUGGCGCUCUCACGGUGAAGCAGGUCCGCACUGCGCGGCCAUCGUACGUCAAUGCCAUUUUGAUUGCUUCACGUGGUAUCAAGACUCGCGAGCCUUGCUCUAUGAACACUCGCUCUGUCUUUGGGGAGCAUGUACGAAUCCCAGGCUAUUGGAAUGGUGCUUGUGCUGGUUGCAAAUGGAAGGAUGGCGGGGCUCGUUGUGACUUUUAUGCAGAUCGUGAGCCCAAGUACGUGCCGCUCAGUGUUGCGGAGCUCCCACGUGCUCCAAUUGAGGAGCUAGAGGACUGAUCUUGUGCGUACGAUCUGGUUCUGCCAGUGUUUGUUCUUCUCUUCGUGGGCUCUGUGUCGGGCUGGUCUUCUUUCUAUUGUUCUUGUUGUAAUUCAUAGUCUUGUACGGCCUUAGUUUCUUCCAGCGCAUGGGCUGGCUCCCAUGUAGGGUUAGCCCAUCCAGUCUAUUUAAGCAGGUACUC